AUGAGUCAGGAGAGACACAUGGAGCUGUCAGACCGUGGAAUUGUGAAUACUUUGUCGGACAGACCAGUUGAGGUAGAGGUCAAUGGAUCUUUUAAGGGAAAAGUGAAUAAAUAUUCAAAGCAGAGAAAGAUGCAGGCUCCUUUAAGGAUCUCUGCUUUGACUGCCGCUCACCCAGGGAAACUGACUGCAGCGCAUGUACAACGUGACCCGAUUUUCAAAAAGGGCCUGAAACUGGGCUUAGGCCCCUUGCUUUGCAUAAGGAAUGGGCCUAACAUGUCAAGUGGGAACCCUGGCCAACCACAGGGCAACCUGACCAAUAUGGUGUGCAAUCUUGAGAUAUUUAACGUGGAUAUGAAGAGCGGAACCACUCUGGAGCUUAAAGGGAAGAUUAGAGAUGACGCUAGCAGAUUUGUAGUGAACCUGGGGAGCAAUGCAGAUAAAAUUGGCCUUCACUUCAACCCCCGCUUCAACGAUGAUGUUGACGGAACCGUGAUUGUCUGCAACACCAAGUGUGAUGACUGCUGGGGCGAAGAGCAUAGAGAAUCCGAGUUCCCCUUCAGCAAGGGGGAUGAGGUCAAGAUACACAUCACUUUCAGCGGAGACACAUUUGAAAUCAAGAUCCCAAAUGGUCACGUGAUGAAGUUCCCCAACAGAUUGUCUCUGGAUCAAGUUGACUACGUAUCCUUGAAUGGGGACUUCAAAAUGAUUUCCUUUAAGUUGAAGUAA